CCUGCGGUUAUCUGCUGCGUGUCCCGCUCGGGGCUCAGCGCCUCCACCGCCGACAGUGCUGCCUCGAUGUUCCAGCUGCCCAUCUUGAAUUUCAGCCCCCAGCAAGUAGCCGGGGUAUGCGAAACCCUGGAGGAGAGCGGCGACGUGGAGCGCCUGGGUCGCUUCCUCUGGUCGCUGCCGGUGGCCCCCGCGGCCUGCGAGGCCCUCAAUAAGAAUGAGUCGGUGCUGCGCGCUCGGGCCAUCGUGGCCUUUCACGGUGGCAACUACCGUGAGCUCUACCACAUCCUGGAGAAUCAUAAGUUCACCAAGGAGUCGCACGCCAAGCUUCAGGCGCUGUGGCUUGAAGCCCACUACCAGGAGGCUGAGAAGCUGCGAGGACGGCCCCUGGGGCCGGUGGACAAGUACCGGGUGAGGAAGAAGUUUCCGCUGCCGCGCACCAUUUGGGACGGUGAGCAGAAGACACACUGCUUCAAGGAGCGCACCCGACACCUGCUACGGGAGUGGUACCUGCAGGACCCGUAUCCCAACCCCAGCAAAAAGCGUGAGCUCGCCCAGGCAACCGGACUGACCCCCACGCAAGUGGGCAACUGGUUCAAGAACCGCCGACAAAGGGACAGAGCGGCGGCAGCCAAGAACAGGCUCCAGCAGCAGGUGCUGUCUCAGGGCUCCGGGAGAGCUCUACGGGCCGAGGACGAGGGCACGCCUGAGAUGCUGGGCGCCGCGGUCAGUCCAGCCGCUAGUCUGUCAAGCAAGGCGGCCACUUCGGCUAUUUCCAUCACGUCCAGCGACAGCGAAUGCGACAUCUGA